AUGGCGGUCCCCGCCCUCAUCUCCUCCGCCUCCGCCGCCGCCCCCUCCGGCCCCAUCACCGUCUUCGCUCCCUCAGACGACUCCAUUCGCUCCUGCGCCGCCUGCUCCCCCGCUGCCCUCCUCCGCGAGCACCUCGUCCCCGGCCUCUUCUCCAAGAUCCACCUCUCCAACCUCGCCUUCGGCUCCAAACUCGAGACCGCCAGCCCCGGCCGCUGCCUCACCGUUACCUCCACAGCCUCCCGCCCAGGAUCCAACUCCUCCUCCCCCGUUGCCUUCAAGAUCUUCGUCGACGGCGUUGAGGUCACCCGGCCAGACCUCUUCAACGACGGCCGGAUCGUGAUCCACGGCCUCCAGGGCUUCGUCAGCCCCCUCUCCCCGCUUUCUUGCCGCCAGGACUACAUCCCCUACCCCAAGUCCUACUUUCCGCCGGAGAUCGCCAGCCAUCGACCCGGAUCGGCGAUCGUGCAGCUCAUGCUGCGCGACGCCAUGGUCCGCCUCCGCAGCGGGGGCUACAGCAUCCUCGCCCUCGCGAUGCGUAUCAAGUACGCGGAGCUCGCCGGCCUCCAGAACAUGACGGUCUUCGCCGUCGACGACUCCGCCAUCUUCGCCGGCGGCCACGCCUAUGUGACCAAUGUCCGGUUCCACGUCGUCCCCAAUCGCCUCCUGAUGCACGCCGACCUGCUAAGGCUCCCUGCGGGAACCACCUUCCCGACUUUGGUCCACGGCCAGCACCUGGUGGUCACCCACUCCGGCUCCACCGACACCGCCGCCGUCGGUCCCUCUGGAUCGGCCCUCAGAAUCAACUACGUGCCGAUCAAGGUCCCCGACGCGGUGUACAACUCCAAGGUCGUGGUCCACGGCAUCUUCUUGCCGUUCCCGCACCUGUACCUGGCGGAUCUGGCGGCGGCUACGUGGUCGGCUGCGGCGCCACCGGAGGACGGGUUCUUUGAGACGGUGGCGCCGACGAGGGCUGCCGUCGGUGGGAGGGGGGCCUGCGGCCCUUCGGGUCCCGCCGCCGGGUGCUCCGAUAUGGCACCCAGCGUCUCUCCAGCGAUCUCAGCGUUUGUGGAUCUGGAGGACGAGGGACUGUGA